AACAUUUCUCCCAUUUAUGUCUCAUUUAAGCUCCAAAACCCUAAAUUUCCCUCUAACUAAUUUACUUAACCCUAAUUGCAUUGACCGGAGAAAAGAAACGAAAUGUCGUGGCUGAGAACGGCUGUGAACAAAGCGGUGGAGGCUGGGAACACCAGUAACAUCACGCGGAACCUCAAAAACUAUGCCGAUACCGUUGUCCAUCAUGCUGGCCAAGCUGUCGCCGAAGGAGCCAAGCUCUUUCAAGAUCGCAUUGGGUCUCGCAGUUUCAAGAGUUUAAGGCAAACUGUGAAAAUAUUGGAGGAAGCAGCAAUCUCUUGUAGGGGUCCUGAGAGAGCUAUGCUGAUGAGAAGAUGGUUGGCUGCACUCAAGGAAAUUGAGAAAUCUGAAGUUUCAUCUGAAGGCAGCGAAAAGAGCGACGGGCAAAUUCUUGCUUCCGAUGAAGCAAAGGAGAACCCACAGAAGCCAUCAGUGGAUUUGUAUUAUGACGCUGAUAUUGGGGGUGCACCAAUGAAUUUUCGAGAGGUUUUCCUUCAAAGCCAGGCUUUAGAGUUCAUAACAAUAUCUAUGAUUAUUGAAGCUCCAAAUGAGGAAGAGAUUUCUCUGCUCCAGUGGAUGUUUCAGCACUGCCUCACUGGAGGAAAAGAAGUUCACAAUGCUGUAGUCAGCAGUUUACAGGAUCUAGCUUCUGCCUUUUCUAGCUACCAAGAUGAAGUGCUGGUGAAGCGGGAGGAACUGCUACAAUUUGUUCAAAGUGCCAUAACAGGGUUGAAAAUCGAUGCAGAUCAUUUAAGAACGGAUAGUGAAGCUUCUGAUUUGAAGAAAAAACUCAGUAAGCUGAGCACGCUAGAAGGUCACGAUAAUGCAUCUGACAGUGCUACUAAAGUGACUAUUGAGGCUCUGAAAGAAGCACUUGCAGUUAUACGAAACUGUUCCACAUUGGAAAAGAUUUUAAUGAAAAAGAAGUCUUUAAACAAUGGAGACUCUCCUGAGCUUCAUUCUCUAAAGGUUGAUAAGUUGAAGGUCUUAUCAGAAUCUCUUGCCAGCUCUUGUGCAAAAGCUGAGAAACGAAUUUUGGAUCACAGAUUACAGAAGGAGGAGGCCCUAUCUGUUCGCGUGGCCAAAGCAACUGAAGCUGAAGGAAAAGAGAAGGAAAUAGUAGCUGAGAUUUCAAUGCUUGAGAGACAAAGAGAUGAACUUGAAGCAGAGCUGAAAAAGGUUAAUAUCUCGCUGGCUACUGCUACUGCACGACUACGGGAUGUCCGGGAAGAAAGAGAUCAAUUUAAUGAAGCUAACAAUGAGGUCGUUUCCCUUUUGAAAAUGAAGGAGGAUGAACUUUCAAAAUCCAUUUCUGCUUGUAGAGUAGAAGCUGAAGUUCUCCAAACAUGGAUUAAUUUCUUGGAAGAUACUUGGCUUAUCCAGUCCGCAUAUUCAGAAACUAAGAACAAGCAAGUCAUUGAGGAAUUGGAGCAACAUGAGAAUUAUUUUGUGAACUUGGCCAAGACUCUUCUCUCUGGUUACAAGAAAGAGCUGAAGCCUGCCAUCAGUCGUAUCAGUAAAUUUGUAGAGAACCUGACGAAGUUGAAUGAAAAAUCAGGGAACUCAUCUGACCCAAGUGAUGGGGAUUUCGAAGAAUUGAACCCGAGGAAACAUCUUGAGGUGGAAUAUUUGGAUUAUGAAGCCAAGAUUAUAACUACCUUCAGUGUGGUGGAUAGCAUGAAAGAGCAUCUUUACAAGUCCGAGACACUUUCAAGGAAAGAUGAUCCUAAGAUUAAAGAGCUAUUUAAUGACCUUGACAAAUUAAGAGCGGAAUUUGAAGCUAUUGAACGGCCAACUUUGGAAUUAGAGACUCCAAAGGUUGAUAUUCCUAUUGAGGAUAUACAGACAACUCCGGAAUCAACACAAUCUAAACCUGAAGCUACAGAGGAUAAUCCUGAAGCACAGCCGCUGCUAGACCAUGCAGCAGAAUUAGCACAGCUGGAGUCUGAGUUUGGGAAUGGUAGCCAAGAGGCCCAAGACUACUCGGCCAAUGAGAUAGGGGAUUGGGAGUUCGAUGAACUUGAAAGGGAGCUGAGAUCUGGUGAUACCACACCACACAAAUAGAUCAGGUAAAUUAACCUUGUGGAGACUUGAUCAAAAGAUGACAUUAUAGACAAGCACUUGUGCUAUAGUAUGACAUGUAUUGGUAUAUAUAUGUAUAUAUGACCUGCCAAAAAAGCUUCAUUUUAGAAUCAAGCUUUACACUGUUUCCUCUGUAAAAUCGGAUGGGGUUUAAAUUUGUUCAUUCUUAUGUAAAUACCUGUUAUACGGGCAUUCAUAGAAAACAUGAAUCUGUAUCGGGUUUCGACUUUUUAA